AUGGCUCACGACCCCUCUAUAAUUAGAACCGGAUGGACUCUGUCACCUUCGCAUUCAAUGGAACUCAAUCUCAACACUACUACCGCCACAGCAAUGCUUUCCAGGACCAACUUGGCUGGCGACUCCCUUGAGGGCCAUCUCCGGCAGAUGUUACCCUUUUAUCGCUUACCUGUAGAGUGUCUUUCGCAGGCGGCACCCGGCUGGCCCCGCAACAGUAACCUCUCGACCCAGAAGGCGACAACUCCCGCAAUCCAUGUUGACGAGACGGACAUUUUCGCACUGGAGUUCGGCGCGGUGAUGCCCACACUAGAGAGUAUGUCCCAGCAGAAGCAAGCCAAGGCUCCCGUCUUGCUGACAGACUGCAUCAAGAAGCUUACACACACGACGGCGCGCGUCAGCGAUGGAGACCUAGAGCUCGACCUCAGCGACUCGUCAAUAAACAACGCCUUCGGCUCCAGGCACUGCGAAUGCAAGCCGUGCAGGGAGAAGCAUGAGUUUUCGACUACCGUCGCCAUCGGCAUCUACAAGCAGCGCCAGGUUGCUCGCCAGUUCGAGUUGAUGAGCCCAGAGCCUAGCGCUAUCACUGCAUGCUACGGACAGCUGGGAGAGGACGCCGGCGCGCAUGAGGCUGACGAAGAGGCCGAGCAGGCAGACGAAGAUGCCAACAUCCUGCCUGUCGCCGCCACCUACAAGCCGCAGGCUGCGCCUGAGCACUCGCUCUCAGCCUUGCCGGCGAAGUUCCCACUCCUGCCUUCGCCGUCCGUCCGCCCUGCCCCAGCGCCUCUCCCAAAGGCCCCCAUCUACAGUCCGAUCCACAUCCCUCGUCUCGACGGCACCGAGGUCCUUCACUUCGACUCUAUCGUUCUUCGCGAAUGCUUUAGCCCGAGUGAGCGACCUCCCCCCGCAGCCCCCGCGGCCGAGAACUCGUUCCCUCUCUCGAACCCGUUCUCUGACCCCGACUACAGCUGCGGCGAUCCCACAACUGCUACUGUUGCGACAACCUUCGCGUUCGAGAAGCGCACUCCCGCUGCCGCUGCUACUGACGCUGUCUCGGCUCUCACGACUGGCUUGCGCAUGCAACAGUAUGGCGCUGUCACUGUCGCUGUCGCGGACACUGAAAUCCUCGCGCCCCGCCCUAUGCGCCUCCCAAUUGGCGUCACCGCGGAUAGAGAGUACGUCCCGCUGGCGCCUGUGAGCAGGUUUUCGCCCUGGAGCGAUGACGAGUCUGACUACGAUGAGGAUGAAGAGAACGAAGAGGUUGAAGCCGAAGAGGAAGAGGAAGACGUGCCGGUCCCCAUGAUCGUCGAGAUUGCAGACGACAUCCCCACCCAGCUUCCGCAACGCGGAGGCGCUGUUAUUGUAUUGUCUCCUCGCACGCCCGCCGUCCCCGCCCCCGCUGUGCCCGGCCUUCUCUGCCGCGCCGCUCGCGCCGCUAUCACUGUUCUCGGCCGCGUAGCCCGCGCCAUCGCGAACGGCUUGGAGUACCUGGGAUCGUGGGUUCUUGGCCCCGCCGAGUACAACCACGACUACUACGACUACGACUCCGUCUCUGACUACGACGAGUUCUCGGACUCCUCGUCCGUCUACUUCGCCGAUGACGAGUGCAGCCCCCUGCUGCUCCCGCCGCAGGGACGCGUCCGCGCGUACCAGGCCUGCGAUGGCGGUGCUGGUGCCGAGAGUUGUGUUUUCUGGGACUAUGACGCUUUUGGCAGCUUUGAUUCCAAGUGCGAGGUUUGUGCUGCGCUUGUGCACAGGACUUUGAGGCAGCGUGCGCGGAUUGGUGUCUAG